GUUUAAGUCCCGAGAAGCCCUUGAGAGGUGUGCUCCAUAGACCUUGUUGACUGUGCUUUCACUUAGGGAGGACACCUGGAUGCGUCGGAAGCAGAAGAUGGAGCCAGUGACCUUUGAGGAUGUGGCUGUGAACUUCAGUCUAGGAGAAUGGGCUCUGCUGGAUUCUUACCAAAAGAAGCUCUACAGAGAUGUGAUGAUGGAAACCUUUAUGAACCUGAUCUCCAUAGGGAAGACAGAGGAAGAAAGUAUGGAUGUGAACUACACAAAGCUCCAGAGAAACCUGAGAUUUCAGGUGGUUGAGAAAUUCUGUGACUAUGAACGUGUUAGUCAGUGUGGAAAGAUCCACCAACAGAUGACAGAGCAUAUUGUUAAUGGGGAGAGUCAUCCUGCAAUCACAGUCUAUGAAAGCAGUGUGACUGUAAAAGACAUCAAUGGGCAUUCAUCCUCAGAUGUGCUCCUAAGAGAUCAAAAUGAAGAGAAACCAUACAGAUGUCAGGAACUCGUGGAAAAGGCUAUCAAACAUGAAAAAUGUUCGAAAGAUGUUAUUUAUUCUGAAUCCUUCCAAACACUUGAGAGGGUUCCUGCUACAGAGACUAUUUGUGAAAAUAAACAGACCAGUGAAUCUUAUACGAAUCUCACUUCUCAUCAAGAUUAUGAGAGAGCUCACACUGGAGAUGAGCUACAUGAAUGUAAACACUUUGAGAAAACCUUAAAGGAAGAAAGUUAUAUUCAAAUAUGUGAAAGAAUCCAUACUAGAGAAAAAUCGUUUGAGUGUAAGCAGUGUGGAGAAGUCUUUGUUAAUUUCAGUCACCUGACCAAACAUCAGAGAAUUCACACAAGAGAGAAAACAUACUCAUGUAGACAUUGUGGUGAAACUUUUCUGUAUUCCAUGGCCCGUCAUAAUCAUGAAAAAACUCACAAAAGAGAACAGAGUUUCAUAUGUAAACAUUGUGGAAAAGCAUGCAUUCAUUCUUAUCAACUUCUUCAGCAUGAAAGACGUCACACUCGAGAGAAACGUUAUACAUGUGAUCAAUGUGGCAAAGCAUUUAGACGGUCCUCAAACCUUCACAAACAUGAAAGAAUUCACAGUGAAAAGAAACUUUAUGCAUGUAAACAUUGUGGGAAGGCCUUUAUCAGUACGGGCAACUGUUACAACCAUGAAAGAAUUCACACUGCAGAGAAAACCUUUGUUUGCAAGCAGUGUGGGAAAGGAUUUACACUCUCCUCAUACCUUCGAAAACAUGAAAGAAUUCACACUGGAGAGAAGCCCCAUACAUGUAAAUAUUGUGGGAAAGCCUUCACCCAUUCUAGUGCUCAUUACAGGCAUGAAAAAAUUCACACUAGAGAGAAACCAUAUGUAUGUGUAGAAUGUGGGCAGGCAUUCACCUUUUCCAAAUCCCUUCAAAUACAUGAAAGAACUCACACUACUAGAGAGAAAUUCUACAAGUGUAACCAGUGUGGGAAAGCAUUUACAUGUUUCUUAUAUCUUCGAAGGCAUGAAAGAUCUCACAAUGGAAAGAAACCCAUUGGAUAGAACUUGUACCUGUGUAAGCUAUAUGUAACUAGUCAACUUGCUUUUGAGAAUAUUUAUUUAUCAUGUGUUUGUUUGUUUAUUUGCAUGAGGUUUGGGGCAAGAAUACACUCAUGCCUUAGUGUAUCUAUGGGGAGCAGCAGACAGCUUUCUGGAUUCAGUUCUCAUAUUUCCAUUAUAUAAGUCCUAGUGAUGGAGCUCAGAUCCUCAAUCUCAGCAACAGGACCUAUCUAAGUCAUCACACCAGCGUUUAACUUGCUUUUUUUAUGAAUGACAUUUUAAAAACAAGCCUUAUAUUUUAUAGUUUUCUGUGUAUACUUUUUCCAAAAAAAAAAAUCAAGUGGACAGAUGGGGCUUGAAAGAUGGCUAAAUAAUUGUUUACCUGGUGUGUCGGCAGAGGACCCAUGUGGUGACUCACAGCCACCAGUAACUCCAGUUCCUGGUCAUCUGACACCUUCUGGGCUCUGAACAUUGCAUACAUGUACAUACACACAAAAUACAUAAGAUAAUAAGCCUUUAAAAGAAUGGAGAUAUACUUGUCAUAAUAUAAAACUUAUAAGUGUAAUUUUCCCCAUAUGUGCAGGUGUACAUAGAUGUACACCUGCUCCUGCAUCAGGCAUCACAGUGUAUGCCUUUAUUCCAACACUGUGGGGACAGAGGCUAGAAAAUGACAACACUGAAUAUAGGGGUUUGGUAUACAAUUUGUGAGAUUUAAGAAAACACUAUUUUCAAGCAAAUUAACUUGUCACUGUUAAAACAUGAGAGAUCCAGGUGUGCUGGCACACACCUUUAAUUCUACCACUUGGAAGAGUUAGGCAGGUCUGUCUGAGCUCCAGGCCAGUGAGGGAUACUCAGACCCUGUCUCAGAAAAAGGGAGGAGGGUAGUUAGUUUAACAUAACUAUUUCAAGGUCAGCCUAAGCUACAUGAAACUCAGAAAGGAAAAGGAAUGUUGUAAAGAGGUAAAAAUUCUAAAUUUUCUUUAUAGUUGAGUUUUGCAAAUACCUUAAAAAGUGAGUGCAAAUACCUUAAGCAAAUUAACAUACGUAAAUAAAAUAUUCCUGAAAUGACCUGAAA